AUGGAACACGAGGUGUCUUAUAACUUCGAGGACGAGGACCAAUUUUGGACCGCUCUCGAAGAGACCGUCUCCCGAGAAUGCACAACACAUGACAGCAUCGAUGAUACACUGCGAUCCUACAUAGAACUCAUAGGGCAGAGUCGGGGACACUUGUUCCUGAGCGACAAUGAUCUCGGCCGAUGCGCCUUCAAGCUCCAGGAGUCGUCCCUGUUCGCAACCCACGCGGACUACAUCCGCCGACAAUUCGUUCAAUGUUUGAUUGAGGAUGAUGAGCCGAACGUCGUGUUGGUGUCGACAUCCUUCUUGAUCACCCAUGCGCAGUUGCACGAAAAGACCUACGAGCUGUUGAACGAUGAAGGAGCAUUCCCGAGAUUGAUUCGUCUCAUAUCGAGCCCGAAGCAACAUGGCCACGAAGGCAUCCACAGACUCCUUAUGGAGCUACUUUACGAGAUGUCGCGAAUACAAAAGAUUAAAACAAGUGACCUGGCGCAUGUUGACGAUGGUUUUGUCAAGAUGUUGUUUGAAAUUAUAGAACAGGUUUCGGACGACGUCAAUGAUCCAUAUCACUAUCCCACCAUUCGAGUUUUGCUUGUGCUCAAUGAGCAGUUUAUGGUUGCCGCUCACGACCCUGCCAAUGGCCAAGCUGCGGUGCCUCUAACAAACAAGGUCAUCAAGGUCUUAUCCGCACAUGGCAGUGAGUACAAGACCUUUGGGGAGAACAUUAUUUUGCUGUUGAACCGCGAAGAUGAAACGUCGUUGCAGCUUCUGACCCUCAAAUUGCUCUACCUCCUCUUCACAACUCCGCCCACCUACGAAUACUUCUACACCAACGAUCUGCGUGUCUUGGUCGACAUAUUGAUCCGGAACCUGCUUGAUCUGCCUGAAGAGGCAUCGUCGUUACGCCAUACCUAUCUUCGCGUUCUAUAUCCCCUUCUCGAACAUACCCAACUACAGCAUCCGCCACAUUAUAAAAGGGACGAGAUCCGCAAAUUGUUGGUUGUCUUAGGUGGAGGCCAUCUUGCAGAUCAAAAUGGCUCCCAUGAAGGUCUGCAUCAUUGGGGCCAUUUUGACGAUGUUGAUGAGACGACCAAACGGCUCGUUAGGCGGUGCGAAGGAGUCAGUUGGCUCAUCGACCCAGAAACCGAAGCCCCUGUGCAUGCAGAGUCUCCAACUGAUGAAGGAGCAUCUGACGUGUCAUCACCGACCUCUCCUUCGAAAGCUCACCCGCCGGCUCUUCCAGCGCCUCGCAAAUUGAAGAAACGAAACUCCUCCAAAGGCUCCACGCUGACUAUUGGUCAGUAUCUCACGCCUCGACUUGAGGGAGCCAGACAGUCCAGCCUGAGUAUGAUGGAGGUGGCAGCUCAAAAAGAAAAGCCAGGAGUGAUCACUCCAAGCAGAAACCCAGGGUUGAAAAACAACCUUCGAGCUGUGAUCAUGCAAAAGAAGGAGAAACCUCCGCCACCCCAAGCAAGGAGGUCAGGCCUCUCGCGCAUGAGGAUGGAAAGAAUGGAGAGCGAUACUGAAAUCGCGAAGACAGAAGUGCCGAAGACGGAACCGGCGCCGAAAACUGAGGUCGACAAUCGUAGCCCGACCAACAGUCAUCACCAUCGUCACCCCCCUAUCCCCUUCCAUCACCAUCAUCAUCACCAUAACCAUGGUGCAGACGCCCCAGCACCGGUACCGGAGGAGAAAGAUAAGGAAAAGGCUAAGCCACCUCCUGUUCCUUCCCACCACAAAGGCCAUCAUUUCGGGAAGAAGCCCCCGCCCGCGCCCAGAGCACGGCGCAAGCGAGGUCGAGAGGGUAGUGGUGACAGUACAAGAGAACCUGGCAAAUUCAGCUCGAACCUGCCAUCCAUCAUCACAACAACAACAACAACAGCGGGUGGAAGAGUUGUUGAGGCAAGUCCCUUCUCGCCAGUAGAUAAGACGUUGAGCCCCUCAGAAUCGGAGUCCGCCUCAACAAUCGACAGUCGGAUGAAGCUGCCGGUCAGCGAGGCAUUAGAGCAGGUACAGGCCAGAGCCUUGGCGGAGAUAGAAGAGUCAUUGGAGCACUUCGAGCUCGAAAGGCAGGCCGAGAAAGACCUUGCGGGAGAAGAUGAAAAGCCGGAGUUGCCGAUCACGGAAGAGCCCCAAGAGAAAGAAGUUGUGUCUAGUAGCUCACAACAUGCGCCCGAAGAGGAAGGCCAGGAGGAUAACAAGCAGGACCAGCCAGCGAUGUCCCGAGCGCACUCCCAGGAAGAAAUCGACCAGCAGUUUCACGAUGCCGUUCCCAAUCAGCCUCUCUCACAAUCUCAGACGCUCUCUCCGACACCCUCUCAAAUUCUAGUCCAAUCUCAUACGUUAUCUCUACACCCAACCGCUGAAGAGAUGGCCACGCCUCCCGAAUCGAUCACGCCAGCCGUCACCCUGACCACGGCCACUGGUAUGACGGGUGCCAACGUAAUGCAGCAGAGUCAACCCCAGCAGGCGCCCAGGAUGGUCCUCACCCCGCCGGCACAAGAACCGUCACGAGGUGUCCCAGGCCCGCAGUAUGAACUAGAACGGAGCCCUUUCCUCACCGACGAGGAGUUCGAGGAAGAAGACCUGGAUCAGAUGGACGAAGAGGAAGGCAGGCGAUGA